UGUGGCCGUAGGUGGCUGGUGUGCCAACACCCACACCUCGCCAUCCCAUCAGCGACGCCGCUGUAUGCCUCAAAACAAUAACCCUUCCAUUGUUGAGGAGUGUGGAAUUUCUGGAGACCGAGCAGCUGGUGCUGGGAUUGUUGGAGGGAGGGGGGGACAGAAGUUUGGCUCAUUUAAAGAAAGAGAGAGAAAAAUAAAUAAACGAUUGAUUCGACUUGGUUUAAAGAGACGGUGGAUACCAUGGGCUCCGACGUGCGGGACCUGAACUCUUUGCUACCCGCGGUCUCCACGCUGACUCCGGGUAACGGCAGUUGCGCGAUGCCGGGGAGCGGCGCGCCUCAGUGGACCCCAGUGCUGGACUUCCACCCGGGCGCUUCUUAUAGCGCUCCGAUCGGCCACCCUUCCUUCAUCAAGCAGGAGCCGAGCUGGAGCUCCACGGAACCGCACGAUGACCACUGCCUUAGCGCAUUUACCGUGCACUUCUCCGGCCAGUUCACCGGCACGGCAGGGGCUUGUCGCUACGGAGCGUUCGGGGCCCCCGCUCCGAGUCAAGCGCCACCCAGCCAGGCGAGGAUGUUCACCAACGGUGGCUACCUUAACCAUUGCGUUGACUCGCAGACAGCAAGCAGGAAUCAAGGUUAUAGUGCCGUGACUUUCGACACAACCCCGGGUUACGGUCACACUCCCAACCACCACACUCCUCAGUUCUCGAAUCAUGCCUUCAAGCACGAGGACCCCAUCACCCAGCAGAACAGUAUAGGAGAGCAACAGUACCCAGUGGCUCCGCCAGUGUACGGCUGCCACAACUCAACAGACAGUUGUGCUGGAAGCCAGGCCCUGCUGUUAAGGUCUCCGUACAACAGCCACACAGCGGGAUACGAGACUGACAAUCACAACGCUCCGAUGUUGUAUAGCUGUAGCACGCAGUACAGAAUACACACGCACGGUGUCUUCCGAGGGCUUCAGGAUGUUCGGAGAGUUCCAGGCGUGGCUCCAACCAUUGUCCGAGCCAACACAGAAGCCAAUGAAAAGCGCCCCUUCAUGUGUCCAUACCCCGGGUGUAACAAGCGUUACUUCAAGCUCUCCCACCUGCAGAUGCAUAGCAGGAAGCACACAGGUGAGAAACCUUACCAGUGUGAUUUCAAGGACUGUGGACGAAGAUUCUCCCGUUCAGAUCAGCUGAAGCGACACCAGCGAAGACACACUGGGGUAAAGCCAUUCCAGUGUAAAACUUGUCAGCGUAAAUUCUCUCGCUCUGACCACUUAAAGACUCACACCCGAACUCAUACAGGUAAAACAAGAGCUGCUGGUCGAAACGCAGCCUCCUUGAACUGGGAGGGCAGGAUGGUUGGGGCUGCACCUUCUCCAUGACCACCAUCAAUGCCUCUCCAUGAAGGGCCAUCAUGGAAGGCCGAAUGUAGCAGGGGUUGAAACAGACGCGCUAGUUUUGGUUUUCUUCAACACCUCUUCCCGACUGCCCCUCUCCCACUUCACCCCAAUUUAGCCCCUCUCCACAUCUCCCUCAACUGUGCACUCAGUAGAAAACCCUUUGGAAACCAAGUCAAAUUCUAAGACUAGAACAUGGCCUCGAACAGAGGUCAGUUGUAGGAUUCUGGUCCUAAAUACCGCACAUGGCAAUCUGUUCCCUAACCAAUUUAAAAACUAUAAAUAAUAAUAAUGCUUGACCUCAUCUGUUGAUCAGACCCACCACUACCCUAAUGAGUGUGGGGACUGAUUUUCUAAGUAAUAGAAGCUCUCCCUGUCAAUAUGUAUCUCUGUCUGCAAGGACACUUUCUACCUACCACAGAUCAAGGAACUAAAUGCUUGGCAUGUUGAAAGACUCGGGAAUCCCUUUGAGUCUGUAGAAAGGAGGUGGUAGUUAAGACACCUGAGUACCCCACCCCACAUACUGGGUAAACCUCUUCCCAGUGCCCAGUGGGAGUUCUCCACCUUUACCCAUCUGUAGUGCUUGGCAUUUUUAUAGAAAUGGCAUUAAAUGACCACAUGACCAUAUGACAUAGGAACACAAUUAGGCCAUUCAGCCCAUUGAGUCUUCUCUGCUAUUCCAUCAUGGCUGAUAUAUCUCUCUCAACCCCGUUCUCCUGCCUUCUCCCUGUGACGUUUGUACCCUUAUUAAUCAAGAACCUAUCAACCUCCACUUCAAAUAUACCCAAUGAUUUAGCCUCCACAGCCAUCUGUGGCAAUGGAUUCCACAGAUUCACCACCCCCUGGCUAAAGAAACUCCUCCUCAUCUCUAAUGUAAAGGGACUUCCAUGUAUUCUGAGGUUGUAUCCUCUGGCCGAUUCUCCACUAUAGGAAACAUCCUCUCCAUCCACUCUAUCAAGGCCUUUCAAUAUACGAUAGGUUUCUGAGCUCCAAAUGGUAGGACUGAACUCCAUUAAGAAGCCCACCGGCAGUGCCCUAGAGUACAACUGACCAACCUAAUCCAGGUUACUGGAUCUCCAAGUGACCAUGGGAGGUAGGUUUCGUACUUCUAGGGCCUAUUGGAAACACCCAUGAUUACCAAGAAAUCUUACUCACCAUCUGCAACCUUCCGAGAAUUCAUCUAAGGAAUCGAAAGUUAUUUUUAAUUUUUUUCCUAAUUCUUCUGGGAAUUUCAACAUUGUUUCGAGUAAAUUGUGCUUCUGGCUUUUUUACUCUAAAGUAACAUAGUUCUCAAAGGGUUAAAUUCUGCUCUAGCCUCUUGCGUCAUUAAUUAAUGCAAAAUAUUAAAUCUGUUUAAUAUGGUAAAUUUGACUUGCUUUUUUCUUGACAGCGAUUUAAUGUAAGCAUGUAUAAAUUAUUUAGCUUUUGUUUAAUAUGUAAAACCUAAAGUGAGUAUACAGCAGGACUUUUAAAGUUACAUGGUUUAUGGGCAGCCUGACUAUGAUCUUCUAACAUAAAGUAAUAUAAUAGUUGCCCUAAGACACAGGGAGCAGGGUCCUUGGGAUGUCAUACUCAAUGUUGGGAAAAGAUGCAACACCAAUUUUACACUCAGACCAACUUUAAUCUCCAUUGAACUCAGUAUCAGACAGGAUGUAUUCACCAAUAUUGCACCCAAUUCCAUGGGCAUUUGGCUAACCCAAAUAGUUAAAUAUUGCACCAUCUCUCCCCAAACUUUCUGUAACACACAGUUAAAAAGAAAAUCAAUGGAUAUUACUUGUAAUCAUGUCUUAGAGUCAUAGACCACUACAGCACAGAAAUAGGCUCUUUGGCCCAUCUAGUCUAAACUAUUAAUCUGCCUAGUCCCAUCAACCUGCACCCAGAACAUAGCCCUCCAUCCCACUCCCACCCCGCUACCUCCAAAUGUCUCUUAACUGUUGAAAUUGAACUCGAAUCUACCACUUCCACUGGCAGAUCAUACCAUAUUCUCACCAUCCCUGAAUGAAGAAGCUCCUCCUCAAGUUCCCCUUAGACAGUUCACCUUUCACCCUUAACAUAUGACCUCUGGUUCUGGUGGAAAAAGCCUGUUUGAAUUUUACCCUAUCUAUACCCCUCAUAAGUUUGUAUACCUCCAUUAAAACUCCCCUCAUUCCCCUACGCUCAAGGGAGUAAAGUCCUAACCUAUAACUCACGUUCUCAAGACAUGGCAACAUCCUUGUCUUUGUAAGAAAGCUUGAGAUGUAUAUUAAUUUCCCUCACUCCAUUUUAAUAGAGGUCCAAUCCAUUUUAAAAUAGUAUCUAGGCAAACAGGCAGUGGAAUUACAGUGUUAUGGUGUCAUAGAUUCAUAGCGCCUGACACCCAGAAACAAGUCUUUCAGUCCAAUUGGUCCACGCUGAACAAGAUUCCUAUCUACACUAAUCCCAUAUGCAUGUGUUUGGCCCCUAGCCUUAACUGUGGCUUUCCCAUUCAUGUCCCUGUCCAAGUUCAUUUUAAUUGAUCUUAAUAGAGCUGUGGAGUAGCACAGCAAUAGCACAACACUAUUACAGCACUAGUGACCCAGGUUCAAUUCCAUCGCUGUUCGUAAGGAGUUUGUAAUUUCACCCCAUGACUAUGGGGGUCCUCCCACAUUCCAAAGGCAUAAGGGUUCACAGGUUAAUUAGUCACUUGGGUGUAAUUGUGCAGCACAGCAUCACUGGGCUGGAAGAGUUUUUUACCGUGUUGUAUCUUAAAGUAACAUAAGUAUGCUGCCUUCCCCAAUCACUUCCUCUGGCAACUCUUUCCAUAUUCUGACCAUCCACUGGGUGAAAAUGUUGCCUCUGAAAUUCCUAUUAAAUCUCUCCGAUUUUUCUUCUUUUUUCUUUGAAUAUGGUUCAAUGUUCUUCUUUGUUCCGUGGCUGUCUGUGGGGAAGACAAAUCUCAGGGUUGUAUACUGCAUACAUUGAUAAUAAAUAUACUUUGAAUCUCACUCUAAACCUAUUUCCCCCUAGUUCUUGAUUCCCCAAUCCUGGGAAAAAGACAGUGCACAUUCACUUAUAAACACUCUCAUGUUUUUAACUCUUCCAUAAGAUCCUCCUCCUCACCUCAUUCUCCCAUGCUCCAGUGAAUAAAGUUCCAACUUUAUGUUGCCUACAAUAAUUUCCUUGCCUGAAGAUGUUGCACAAUAGACUAUCCAGGAAAUACUAAGCUUAUACAAGGACAUGACCCAUCCAGUCAAAUUUUCUCCCACAUCUUAACAUGACUCAACACUCAUUCCAUGAGUGUCUGUAUCUCUCUGAAACUGAAUAACUCUCUUUCUAGUGCAAGAGGAAGCCAUAGUCUUGGAAAAGUGGCGCUUUUCUUUGAUCUGACAUUCUUUUGUCUCAACACCACAGUGAGACAAGACCCUAGUGUAGAGGAGAAGGAGAUUGAUGUUGUUCCUGACAUAUUAGUAUCUGACAACUGUGUCUUAAUGUGGUUAAUGCUCCAUUCCCCAACAAUUACAGAUUAGAUUAGUUUUAUUUGUCAUGUAUAUAUUGAAAUAUAUCCUGAAAUGAAUGCAUCAUUUGUGUUGAUGACCAACACGGUCCAGUGUGGCCAUGCUUUUGGCGGCAAAUAGCAAGCCCACAACCUUCCAGCAUGAUUCAUACAGCUUUUUUUGAAUGUGAGAGGAAACCGGAACACCCAGAGGAACUCUUUAUGGCUAAGGAGAGAACAUCAAAACUCCUUGCAGACAACGGUGGGAAUUGAACCUUGAUCUUCCAAUUGCUGGCGCUGUAAAGCGUAACACUAACCACUAUGCUACUUUGCAUCCCUCUUCAAUACAAAGUUCAAAGUUCAAAGUAAAUUUAUCAUCAAAGUAUACAUAUGUCCCCAUAUAAGACCAUAGAUAUAGGAGGAAAAUCAGGCCAUUUAGCCCAUCGAGUCUGCUCCCCCAUUUCAUCAUGGCUGAUCUGUUUUCUGUUAUGACUUCCCACUACCUGAAAUAUUUUAAUUUUCAAGCUUUUAUUAAGUUGAAGUAGCUGCCUUCCUAUAAAACUUUUCAUUUGUAGAAGUGAUUUGAUUUUUUUUCAGAUAUAAAGAAAUGACCUUCAGACAUAGGAGUAAAAUUAGGUCGCUUUGCCCAUUGAAUCUUCUCCACCAUGGCUAAUUUAUUAUCCCUCUCUUUCAAUAAGAUCACAUCUUUCUCCUGUGAUAUAGCGAGCAUAGGCACAACCUGCUCAUGUGCCAUACAUAAGACCUUAAGAGAUAGGAGCAGAAUUAAGUUAUUUGGCCCAUCGAGUCUGGUCCGCCAUUUGAUCACGGCUGAUUUAUUAUCCUUUUCAAUUCCAUUCUGCUGCCUGCUGCCCAUGACCUUUGACACUCUCACUAAUCAAGAAUCUAUCACCCUCCACUUUAAAUAUACCCAAUGACUUGGCCGCCACAGGAGUCUGUGGCAAUGAAUUCCACAGUUUCAGCAUCAUCAUCACCAUUAUGUGCCGUGUCAAUGGGACUAGCUCAAGUAGGCAUCUUGGUUAGCAUGGAGAGGUUGGGCCGAAUGGCUGUUUCCCUACUGAGUGGCUCCAUGGCUCUGGGACACUGUGCCUUAAACUGAGCAGCAAACAGUUUAAUGGAGGAACUCUGCAGGCUGAGGAGCAUCUGUGGGAGAGAACGUCAUCAUCGACAUUCUGGGUUGAAGACUGGCAUGCAACAUGAAAUGGUAAAAAUUCCUUUUCCUGCUCAGAUACCACUCGACCUGCUGAGUUCCUCCAGCAAAUUGUAUGUUGCUCCAGAUUCCGGCAUCUGCAGUCUCUUGAAUCUCAGUAUGUUAUAUUGGCUUCCCUUAAGUGGACAACCUCAGAUAAUCAGCCUCUUGACUCAGUUUCUCCAUUCUCAAUGUGUCAAAACUCUUUGCUAUUUGAGCACCUCUACCCAAUCUGCCUUUAUGACCUCUGCUCUGAUAACAAUCUCCCCCUGCUCUUCCAGGUGAAGCUCCCCACCCCUGGUACCACCCCAAAAGAUUUCUCCAACCUCCUCCCUGAGACCUUGACUCUGCUUCAGUGAACCGAAUCAAACUUCCUACAUACAGUAUUCCAUCUGGGUAGCCUCCAACCUGAUAUCAUGAACUUGAUUUCUCUAACUUCCAGUAAUUUCUUUCCCCUCCCCCUUCUCUUUUUUCCAUUCUGGGCUCCCUCUUACCCCUUCCUUCCUCCUCAACAGUCCAUCACCUCCCACUGGUGCCCUCCUCCUUCCCUUUCUCUCAUGGGCAACUCUCUUUUCCUAUCAGAUUCUUUCUUGUUCAGCCCUUUACCUUUCCCACCUAUCACCUCCCAGCUUUUUGCAUCAUCCCACCCUCCUUCCUCCUUGCCUGAUUUCAGCUAUCACCUACCAGCUUCUCCUCUUUCCCUUCCCCCACCUUCUUAUUCUGGCUUCAUCCCCCUGCCUUUUACUGUCCUGAUGAAGGGUCUCGGCCUGAAACAUUGGCAAUUAAUUCCUCUCCAUAGAUGCUGCCUGACCUGCUGAGUUCUUCUAGCAUUUUGCAUGUCUUCUUCUGCUUCUUGGGCCCUCAGCUCCCAGUGGAGCGUAGGUCACUGAUAACCUCCUGUCUCCAUUGUCCAACAUUGUUGACGUGGUUGGUGUUCAUCAACAUUUUUGUCAUCCAUUGCAUCCACUGUCCAGGGGAGCGGCCUAUGCAGUUUCACCAGAAUCCUGUUGGCUGGCUUUGCCCGUUCCCACCUCUCACAACAGGGACUUGAGGUUGCACUUUGAGAGGCGCAUUUUGUGUGUGCUUCUCUGGAUUUCUAGCAUUUGUGGAAUCUAUACCAGCCUUGUUUCGAUUGUUAGUGUGCUGAAUGUGCAAUGCUCACCCAUUUCCAGGAGUUUAUCUUGAAAAACAGCAUUGAAUGUAGUUUAGAGAAAGGGGAAGCGUGAGUCAUGCACCUAGAAUUCUGAGUUACAAGAACAGGCCCUCUUAGAUGAAUAUGUUUAGAUUGGAGGGCAGAGUGAGUAGGCAAGAUAAUGCAAAAAUUUAAAAUUCUGUGUGUAGGCGUAAUCAGUGGGCCAUUAUCUGUUUAAAACACCUUAUUUGUGCCACUCCUACUUCCAAACCUUAUCCCUGCCUUGACUCCCACAUUCUCUACUCCAUAAUUGGCAUCUCUCCGACUCUCUGCUCUCCUGAUCCUAGUUCAUGAACUUCGCUCACCGACCCUCUGCUUCCCAGUCCCCUCUGGAUUAAGGUAAUCAAACCUGUAAAUGCCCACAAGAAAAUGAAUACUAUGAUAAUAAAUUUACUUCGAACUUUGAUUUUACAAUUCCCGUGUUUUAUAAUCCCACCCCUCCCCCCAUGUUCUCAUCACAUCCCUCUAUAUCUCUGUGAUCUUUGACCAUAAGACUACAAAACAUGGAACAGAAUCAGGCCAUUUGGCCCAUCGAGUCUGCUCUGCCAUUCUAUCAAGGCUGAUUUAUAUUACCUCUCAACUCCAUUCUCCAACCUGGUUCCUGUAACUGUUGCAACCUUCACUAAUCAGGAACCUAUCAACCUCUGCUUUAAAUGACUUGGCCUCCAUGGCUGGCUGUGGCAAUGAAUUCCAUAGAUGCACCAUCCUCUGGCUAAAGAAAUUCCUCCUCAUUUCUGUUCUAAAGGGAUGUCCUCCUGUUCUGAGGAUGUGUACUCUUCCGAGACUCUCGCACUAUUGGAACCAUCCUCCCUCUGUCCACUCUAUCUAGGCCUUUCAAUAUUUGGUAAGUUUCAAUGAGUUCCUGCUGUCCCAUUCUUCUAAAUUCCAGUGAGUGCAGGCCCAGAGCCAUCAAAUGCUCCUCAUACGCUAAUCCUUUCAUUUCUGGGAUCAUUCUCGUGAACCUCUCCAAUGUCAUCACAUCCCUUCUUAGAUGAGCGCCCCAAAACUGCUCGCAAUAGUCCAGAUGUGGUUGUGACCUUCAGCACCAGGUUGCUAGUGAGGCAUCACUCAAUCAGAUGUUCUACCUCACUCCCUUAUGCUGACUCAUCACCACCCACCUACCUCCCCGCUCACCUGUCAGCCGGUACUCCUCCUCCCACCCCACACGAUUCUGGCUUCUUUCCCCUUUCUUUCCAGUCCUGAUGGAGGGCCUCAGCCUGAAAUGUCACCUGUUUAUUCCUCUCCAUAAACGCUACCUGACAUGCUGAGUUCCUACACCAUUUUGCCUGUGUUACUCUAGAUUUCCAACAUCUGCAGAAUCUCUUUCUUCCUCCCCCUUGUCAAAAGUUACAGAUCCAGAGAGGGUGGGGACAACCUCCCAAGAGGCAGCACAUAAAUUGACUAACUUCAAAAAGUCCUGCCUUUCUGAAUCAGAGAAAAAUAUUCUAGAAUGGAGCUACACUCUAAUAAAUCUAAUCCUUAAUAAAUUAUGCUUUGGCGUAAUCAAUGACUGUAGAUUUUCUUUGUUGGCAACAUAUUCAAAGUUCAUUGGAGCUGCUGUUU